CAUUCAUCGUCUUCUGCAUCUCAUCGUCAUCUCCAUCUCCAUCUCCGAAACUUUUGAAGGGGCAUCAUAUUAACUGCAAUUUGUUGCAGUAACACCAGCUAGGCAACAUGGUGAAGUUCACAGCUGAUGAGCUUCGCAGGAUUAUGGAUUACAAGCACAAUAUUCGUAAUAUGUCUGUUAUUGCUCAUGUUGAUCAUGGUAAGUCCACCUUGACUGAUUCUCUUGUGGCUGCUGCUGGUAUUAUUGCCCAAGAAGUUGCUGGUGAUGUCCGUAUGACAGAUACCCGUGCUGAUGAAGCAGAGCGUGGUAUUACCAUCAAGUCCACUGGUAUCUCCCUUUACUAUGAGAUGACCGAUGAAGCUCUCAAGAGCUUCAAGGGAGACCGUACUGGCAAUGAGUACCUCAUCAAUCUUAUUGAUUCACCUGGCCAUGUUGACUUCUCUUCGGAGGUUACUGCUGCUCUACGUAUUACCGAUGGUGCAUUGGUUGUCGUUGAUUGUAUUGAAGGUGUUUGUGUCCAGACAGAAACCGUCCUCCGACAAGCCCUUGGAGAGAGGAUCCGACCUGUCCUAACUGUCAACAAGAUGGACAGAUGUUUCCUUGAGCUUCAGGUCGAUGGAGAAGAGGCCUACCAGACAUUCCAGAGGGUUAUUGAAAAUGCUAAUGUCAUUAUGGCCACAUAUGAAGACCCCCUUCUUGGUGAUGUCAUGGUUUACCCCGAGAAAGGUACUGUCGCUUUCUCUGCUGGCUUGCACGGCUGGGCUUUUACCCUCACAAACUUUGCCAAGAUGUAUGCAUCCAAGUUUGGUGUGGACGAGUCCAAGAUGAUGGAAAGGCUCUGGGGAGAGAACUAUUUUGACCCUAAAACUAAAAAGUGGACCAACAAGAACACGGGUGCUCCAACAUGCAAGCGUGGUUUUGUUCAGUUCUGCUAUGAGCCCAUCAAACAGAUUAUCAGCAUCUGUAUGAAUGACCAGAAAGAUAAGCUGUGGCCUAUGCUAGCCAAGCUUGGUGUUAACAUGAAGUCUGAUGAAAAGGAGUUGAUGGGUAAGGCUUUGAUGAAGCGUGUGAUGCAGAACUGGCUACCUGCUGCCACUGCCCUACUUGAAAUGAUGAUUUUUCAUCUUCCUUCCCCUCACACUGCUCAGAGAUAUCGUGUUGAAAACUUGUAUGAGGGUCCAUUGGAUGAUCCUUAUGCCAAUGCCAUCAGAAACUGUGACCGUGAUGGCCCUCUCAUGCUCUAUGUAUCAAAGAUGAUCCCUGCAUCUGACAAAGGAAGGUUCUUUGCUUUUGGACGUGUGUUUUCUGGGAGGGUUUCCACUGGUAUGAAGGUGAGGAUCAUGGGUCCUAACUAUGUCCCUGGUGAGAAGAAGGAUCUGUAUGUGAAGGGUGUUCAGAGAACUGUCAUCUGGAUGGGGAAGAAGCAAGAAACCGUAGAGGAUGUGCCUUGUGGAAAUACAGUUGCUAUGGUUGGUUUAGACCAGUUCAUCACCAAGAAUGCAACAUUGACAAGCGAGAAAGAAGUUGAUGCUCAUCCAAUUCGUGCCAUGAAGUUCUCCGUCUCUCCUGUGGUGCGUGUUGCUGUCCAGUGUAAGGUUGCAUCUGACCUUCCCAAGCUUGUUGAGGGUCUGAAGCGUCUAGCCAAGUCCGAUCCUAUGGUUGUUUGUACCAUUGAGGAGUCUGGUGAACAUAUCAUUGCUGGUGCUGGAGAGCUCCAUCUUGAAAUAUGCUUGAAAGACUUGCAAGAUGAUUUCAUGGGUGGUGCGGAGAUUGUUGUUUCUGAUCCAGUUGUGUCCUUCCGUGAAACWGUYCUUGAGAARUCAUSYCGRACUGURAUGAGCAAGUCYCCYAACAAGCACAAUCGUUUGUACAUGGAAGCUAGRCCMAUGGAGGAMGGACUUSCAGAGGCUAUUGAUGAKGGGMGRRUUGGKCCWMGGGAYGAKCCMAAGGYWCGUGSUAARAUCUUGGCUGAGGAGUUUGGAUGGGAUAAGGAUCUGGCAAAAAAGAUAUGGUGUUUCGGUCCUGAGACAACAGGGCCAAACAUGGUUGUUGACAUGUGUAAGGGAGUCCAGUACUUGAAUGAAAUAAAGGAUUCMGUKGUUGCUGGGUUCCAGUGGGCAUCAAAGGAAGGUGCAUUGGCUGAAGAGAACAUGAGGGGCAUAUGCUUUGAGGUGUGUGAUGUGGUACUCCAUGCGGAUGCUAUUCACAGGGGUGGCGGCCAAGUGAUUCCGACUGCCAGGAGAGUUAUCUAUGCUUCACAGCUCACUGCCAAGCCCAGGCUCCUUGAGCCGGUGUACCUGGUGGAGAUCCAGGCACCUGAACAGGCUCUUGGUGGAAUAUACAGUGUGCUGAAUCAAAGGCGUGGACAUGUGUUUGAGGAGAUGCAGAGGCCUGGUACCCCACUCUACAACAUUAAGGCUUACCUGCCUGUUGUCGAGUCCUUUGGAUUUUCUGGUGCUCUGAGAGCAGCUACUUCAGGGCAAGCCUUCCCGCAAUCUGUAUUUGAUCACUGGGACAUGAUGUCGUCUGAUCCAUUGGAACCUGGGUCUCAGGCAAACACACUUGUGGCCAACAUCCGUAAGAGAAAAGGCUUGAAGGAGCAGCUCACACCACUCUCCGAGUUUGAGGACAAGCUGUAAGUUGGAUGAUUCAGAAAUUAAAGAGUUAUUGGGUGAUAAUAAUAAUUAUUAAGUGAGAAAUGAGAAGUAUAAGUUAAGUUAGUCUCUUAUAUUCUUAUGAUGAUCCUUUAGCAAGAUGCUGCAUGCAUGCCUUAGUAGGUAACAUAUCUUUAUUGCAACUUACAAAACUCAGAUGUUUUAUUUUCUAUAGUUGUUUACUAUCUCGUGUUUCUGUUA